AUGGCUCGAGUCCAUCCGUCGACGAUACUGGCAGAGACGAUAUCAUGGUACUGUUCGUUGUUCUUGGCGAUAAUGCUGAUAUUGAGUUGUUGUGAAUCAUCGGUUACAGACGACGAAAGAACAGUUGUCAAGAUUCGCUUCAAGGAUUCAGUUUACAAGCCAUGUGAUGAGAUUUAUGUUGUUCAUGAAGGAGAGACGUUGCAUACUAUCAGUGAAAAGUGUGGGGACCCGUAUAUUGUUGAAGAAAAUCCUCAUAUUCAUGAUCCCGACGAUGUUUUCCCGGGACUUGUAAUUAAGAUCACGCCGUUAAGAAACAAGUAA